AUGAAGAGGACAUCUGAGGAAAGUCAGUCCCGACUGCCAGACAACUCUGCCCUGAAGCAGCAGCAAUUGCCUGCCUACCGGCUACAGCUCACAGCCACUGGAGUCCUCUCUGGCUUUUUUGCAACAGGAGUAUUCUGCCUUGGUGUCGGCAUCAUUCUUAUAUUGUCUGCAAAAAGUAUCAAGGAAAUAGAGAUUAAAUACACAAAAAUCUGUGGAAAUUGUGCAAAACUGCGAGAAGAUGCCACUAAUUUUGACAAAGAAUGCACCUGCUCUAUUCCCUUUUACCUUUCAGAGACAAUGCAGGGUAAUGUUUAUAUGUACUACAAACUGUAUGGCUUCUAUCAGAAUCUCUAUCGAUAUAUUCUGUCCAGAAGUAAUAGCCAACUGAUGGGUACAGACUUAAAGGAUGUUGGAACCUGUGCUCCAUUUAGCAAGUCCCAUGAUGGGACUCCAAUCGCUCCUUGUGGUGCUAUUGCCAACAGCAUAUUCAAUGAUACCAUUAUUCUUUCAUACAACCUGAAUUCCUCUAUACCUAUUGAAGUCCCAAUGCUAAGAAGUGGAAUUACAUGGUGGACAGAUAAGUAUGUCAAAUUUCAGAAUCCAAGAUCCAAAAAUCUUUCUAUCGCAUUUGCAGGGACCACAAAGCCUCCAUCCUGGGCGAAGCCUGUCUAUGAACUGGAUAAAGAGGAUCCAGAAAACAAUGGCUUCCUCAAUGAUGACUUCAUUGUGUGGAUGCGGGCAGCCGCCUUUCCCACUUUCAAAAAACUGUACCGUCGACUCAAUCGCAUACAGUACUUUACUGAAGGCUUGCCUGCUGGUAACUAUAGUUUUAACAUUACAUAUAAUUUUCCAGUAACCAGGUUUAGAGGAGAAAAAUCAGUUGUUCUUUCCACCUUGACAUGGAGUGGAGGCAGUAACCUUUUCUUAGGUCUUGCCUACACAGUGACAGGAGCAGUGACAUGGUUGGCCUUCUUUUCCAUGAUGGCAAUUCACUUGAUGCUGAAAGACAGGAAAAUGUUCUUCACCCAGCCAGCAAUAAAGUCAAGUUUUAAGAAGAAAAGCAGAAAACAAAGAAUGAACAGUGAAUGUAGAGUCUGUAUCCUGCUUGCAGAAGCAGGAUCUGGUUUUCUUAUUGAUUUUCGCCACAGUUGGAAUGAAAAAACUCAAGUCAUUGCUCCGAUGGCAAGAAACAUGUUACGGGGCUCACAGAGCCAGCAUUCGGACCAGAUAGGCAUCGGGGUGCCUUUUGCUCUUUUCUCAAAAGAGCUUCACUCCAUUGAAACAGAUGAUUUUUCGUGCAAACUAGUGCUGUAG